AUGCACCCAAACCAACCAGUAUGUGCUGGGAUGAUAUCUUCCAAGGUGGCACCACCCACUUCCACUGCGGCAAAACUGGAACAUCCCCAUCAGUCACCUGUGUUCUUGAAAGUCUCUGCGGAUACCCACAGCACACCAGAGAUCAGUUUAUAUCUUGCAACUGGUCUUUCUUUGGGGUAUGGCCCUCCAGGUGUUGAUAGUUGUUUCUUGAAGCUUCUUGGAAGCACACCUUGUAUAUAUAAAGCUCUACCUGCUGGCGGAUGGAAACCUAGUACAACUUUUGACCCCAGUCACCCAGUUCUCAUAAGCUCUACUUUCAACACCACUAUUGUAGAAUUCAAUGGGCAUGAUGCGUCACAAUUGCAAGUGCAUGCACUUAUAUUUAUCCCAAGUUGGUACCAAGGAAGCCUUGUCAAGACGGUCAGGAACUUCAAGAUCAAACUGCAGUGUCCUAGUCAUUACAAACCUCAACAACAUCAACUUAUUCCUCUGGUGGAUCUAGAAGCACAGACAACUCCCAACUGGAGCUCAGCAUUUCCUGAUCACAUGUUGACCAGUGACGAGGUCUCCAGACUUGCGUCCAUUUCAUGCGGCUCAGAUCUUCAGCCUGUCAAUCCAUCAGUUAUAGUUACUUCUCAGCUCCACCCCCAUCAGCAGCAGGUCCUGGCCUUUUUGUUGGACAGAGAAAAUCCGGAUUCAAAAACUUAUCACUCCCUUUGGUUUAAUAAAUCAAUGCCACCCUUCAACCGGUGGAGUCACCGUCUCUGUGGGGAAAAAUUUAUUGUCACUGAGGGACAACCCGGACCUGUCAGCCCUAGGGCAUCAAUUCUAGCAGAUGACAUGAGCCUUGGAAAAACAAUCCAAACUAUUGCUUUAAUUGCUACAACACUGGAAGCAUCAAGACAAUACGAACAUCAGGAAUCUGCAUCAGCUAUCAACCAUCCAAACAGUCACCUCCGUGCAUCUCACAUGAGACUUUUGAUAUGUCCCACCAGCCUCAUGGACAACUGGGAAGACAAGGUUCGAAAACACACAAGAAAACACAGCUUGAAAGUCUUGCGCUGGCAUGGCACAGACAGAGUCAAAUUUCCUCUACGUGAUAUGCACUCAGCCAACAUCAUCAUUACAACUCCCAAAACCCUCAUAUGGGACCAGCGGCAUGCUGGUACAACACGGCUCCCUUUUACAACCAGGUGGUACAGAGUGGUCAUUGAUGAAGCUCACUGA